AUGCCUCCCCGCGCCCACUCCAAGACCUCUCGUGUCCCCCGCCGACCCUUCGAGUCUGCCCGACUUGACUCCGAGUUGAAGCUCGUUGGCGAGUAUGGCCUGCGCAACAAGCGUGAGGUCUGGCGAGUCGGUCUGACUCUGUCCAAGAUCCGUCGUGCUGCCCGUCAGCUUCUUACCCUCGAUGAGAAGGACCCUAAGCGUCUCUUCGAAGGCAAUGCCCUCAUUCGACGUCUCGUCCGUGUCGGUGUCCUUGACGAGUCCCGCAUGAAGCUCGAUUACGUCCUGGCUCUUAAGAUCGAGGAUUUCCUUGAGCGCCGUCUCCAGACCUGUGUCUGGAAGCUCGGUCUUGCCAAGUCUAUCCACCACGCCCGUGUUCUGAUCCGCCAGCGUCACAUCCGAGUCGGAAAGCAGAUCGUCAACGUUCCCUCUUUCAUCGUCCGUCUCGACUCCCAGAAGCACAUCGACUUCGCUCUGACCUCGCCCUUCGGUGGUGGCCGUCCCGGCCGUGUCCGCAGAAAGAAGGCCGCCGCCGCUGCUGGCGGUGAGGGUGGUGAGGACGAGGAGGACGAGGAGUAA